GGUCGGGGUGUGCAGUCGGACGGACGAGCAGCGCGUCGCUGUGCUCCGGCGGCUGGAGAUGUCCGAGCCCAAGGCAAUUGACCCCAAGUUGUCGACGACCGACAGGGUGGUGAAAGCUGUCCCAUUUCCUCCAAGUCACCGGCUUACAGCAAAAGAAGUGUUUGAUAAUGAUGGGAAACCUCGAGUGGAUGUCUUAAAGGCACAUCUCAUGAAGGAAGGCAGACUGGAAGAGAGUGUUGCAUUAAGAAUAAUAACAGAAGGGGCUUCAAUCCUUCGACAGGAGAAAAAUUUGCUGGAUAUUGAUGCACCCGUCACAGUUUGUGGCGACAUCCAUGGACAAUUCUUUGACUUGAUGAAGCUCUUUGAAGUGGGGGGAUCUCCUGCCAACACUCGCUACCUCUUCUUAGGGGACUAUGUUGACAGAGGGUACUUCAGUAUUGAAUGUGUGCUGUAUUUGUGGGCCUUGAAAAUUCUUUACCCCAAAACACUGUUUUUACUUCGUGGAAAUCAUGAAUGUAGACAUCUAACAGAGUAUUUCACAUUUAAACAAGAAUGUAAGAUAAAGUACUCGGAACGCGUCUACGACGCCUGCAUGGACGCCUUCGACUGCCUGCCCCUGGCCGCGCUCAUGAACCAGCAGUUCCUGUGCGUCCACGGUGGUUUGUCUCCAGAGAUUAACACUUUGGAUGACAUCAGAAAAUUAGACCGAUUCAAAGAACCACCUGCUUAUGGACCUAUGUGUGAUAUCCUGUGGUCAGACCCCCUGGAGGAUUUUGGCAAUGAGAAGACUCAGGAACAUUUCACUCACAACACAGUCAGAGGGUGUUCGUACUUCUACAGUUACCCGGCUGUUUGUGAAUUCUUACAGCACAAUAACUUGUUGUCUAUUCUCCGAGCGCAUGAAGCCCAAGAUGCCGGGUAUCGCAUGUACAGGAAAAGCCAAACAACAGGCUUCCCUUCUCUCAUUACAAUUUUUUCAGCACCAAAUUACUUAGAUGUAUACAAUAACAAAGCUGCAGUCUUGAAGUAUGAGAACAACGUCAUGAAUAUCCGGCAGUUCAACUGUUCUCCUCACCCAUACUGGCUUCCAAACUUCAUGGAUGUUUUCACUUGGUCCCUGCCAUUUGUUGGGGAGAAAGUGACUGAGAUGCUGGUAAAUGUCCUCAACAUCUGCUCAGAUGAUGAACUAGGGUCAGAAGAGGACGGAUUUGAUGGAGCAACAGCUGCCGCCCGGAAGGAGGUGAUAAGGAACAAAAUCCGAGCAAUAGGCAAAAUGGCCAGAGUGUUCUCAGUUCUCAGGGAGGAGAGCGAGAGCGUGCUGACGCUGAAGGGCCUCACGCCCACCGGCAUGCUGCCCAGCGGCGUGCUCUCCGGAGGCAAGCAGACGCUGCAGAGCGCUACUGUUGAGGCUAUUGAGGCUGAUGAAGCUAUCAAAGGAUUUUCACCACAACAUAAGAUCACUAGCUUCGAGGAGGCCAAGGGUUUGGACCGAAUUAACGAGAGGAUGCCACCUCGCAGAGACGCCAUGCCCUCGGAUGCCAACCUUAACUCCAUCAACAAGGCGCUCACCUCAGAGACUAAUGGCACGGACAGCAAUGGCAGCAAUAGCGGCAAUAUCCAGUGACCACAUCCUCUUCACUUUUUUUUUUUGAGCUGCAGGGCGUGCUGGGGAUUGCUGCAUAUCAGCAGUUGGAUGUUCUUGCCUCUGACGGUAGCUUGUUUGCUCUGGGGCCAGGAAUCGGAUUCAGUUUACACUAUCAUUAAAAAAGAGGGAGAGAGAGAAUAAACUAUAUUUUGGUGGGAGUGGUGAUUAAACACCUCUUUGGGGUAUGCCUUUUAAAAAUGCUUAUAGGAAAAAAAUUUUAAAAAGAAAGCUAAUGCUAGUAUAUACUGCAAUGUUAGGGGAAUGAACAUGUUUUCCUACUGCAUUGGGGACUUCUAGAUAGGUUAAUGAAAGGUCUUUUAUUAUGUUACUGGACACGAAAACUUUGUCUAAUUUCUUACUCUAUUGUACGUUUACAGUCGCAGCACUAAAAAUGGAUGACAGCAAACAUUUUUAACAAAACGAUGUACAAACUACAUAAGGACUAUUUAUUGAUAAUGUUUUGCUACUCUUGUCAGACAAUGGCUAUAAAAUGAAUUAGGCAGUCUUAAAAAAAAACAGAAAAAGAAAAAAAAAGAAUGUUGCAAAUUUGUUAAAAUGCCAAAAAGGACAGUUUAAUUUUGUACAGAUUAUGCUUACCUCAGGUUACUUUAGUGUGCUUGAAUGCCCUUCUUUGCAUAUAACAUUCUCUUAUUAAUUUGGCAGUGAGUAUCUUUUCUUUUCUUUAAGUUUAAAAAAAAAACUGGAAUUAAUUACAUCUAUCUUUUUUUGCUGUUUAUAUUUAGAGGUUUUUGUUGAUAAAUCAAGUCUUGGUUGUGGCUUGCUGAAUUAAAUAUUUAUGAGUGGUGCAUUUUUAAGUAUAGUGAACAAAACACCAUAUUAAGUACAGUGAUAAAGCAUCUAUAUUCUGUAAAAAAAAAAAAAUCUGCCUAUGCAUGUUUUUUAAGGAAAAAAAAUGGCUGUAUCGGCCUCUAUGGGACUGUAACGCGCUUAGUGGUCUGACAUAUACAGGAAAUGUAUGUAUACUGGCGUACUUUAUAUUCUCUAAAAUGCUUAAUGCCUUUGAAAUUUUGUAAUCAAAAAAGCUUUGAAAAAAUCUGAAGGGGAGAGUAUUCUUAAAAGUUUUUAACAUAAGCUUGUCAGUGCACAUAUAGAUGGUUAGCAUGUUAGCAGACCUUGUGAAAUUUAAAUAAGUUUGUAGUUACAUGUGGAACUCUAAAUGCAUGGUAACUGUUAAUGUCAUAACAGUUUAGUUAUUUUGUUCUGUUCUGUCAUGUGCCACAAAACAUGUACUUUUCUUUCACUUUUUUCCCUUUGUAUCUCAGUUACGGGUUACAACUGGUUCAUUCUGAAAACAACAGCGGAAGUCCCUUCAUAUUUUUUAACAACUGUAUAAGUGCCCAGGUAAUUCACUACAGCCUAAAGCCUUGCCUUUGUAAUUUGACUUCUGAAAUGUUGGCAAUCAAAGCAUGCACUUGUAACAAUGACAAAGAAAAAGCAUUUUAUAUUACUACUCAAUAAAAUGUGCAUGAACUUA